AUGACAACACCGAAUUGUGUCUCUACUAUUUGGCUUAAUCAAAAUAAUGAAUUCUACUCUUUUACGCAUCGUUUUUUAACCAAGAUUGAUCGCUCUCUAAUUACAUUUUGCGAUUCAGACGAAUGUAUUGACUAUAUUACGAAUUUGAAAGAAGAUGAAAAUCAUAUACUUCUAAUUAUUUCUAUUCAAACACAAUCUUCAUCGACACUUCUGCAGCUCACUAGAGAGCUUCCAAAGAUUAUAUCAGUUUAUAUUUUAAAUUCAGAUGAAGAAGAAGAUCCUCGAAGUUAUGGACCACUGGCCAAAUUGAGUGGAACUCACGCGGAACUGAGAUCAUUAAACUACACUUUUCAACAAUUAUCCAGUUUACGACGACAUUAUAAAGAGCGAUUUCUACAUGAAGAUUUUGUAAUUACCACAUCUUCUACUACAGUCGAUCCUUCAUGUCUCACUGAAUCGAUAGCUACGUUUUCACCAUGUCUUGAUGCACCAAAACAUCAAGAAGCGGAAUUUAUGUACUCGUCAUUUUUACGUGAAAUUUUAGUUGACCUUGACUCGUCAAAAGAAGAAAUGGUCGAUUUUUGCCGUCAACAAUGUGCCGCUAAUAAAAAAGACCUCGACCUCAUCGACGAAUUUGAAUCAACCUAUGCUUCGGACAAAGCUAUCUUCUGGUAUACACGUCCCAUAUUUCUCUUUCGUCAGUUGAAUACAGCACUGAGAGAACAAGAUGUUGAUACUCUUUAUAAACUACGUUACUUCAUCAAGGAUCUUCAUCUGCAGUUGAAAGAACGAUACACUGCAGCUCACUCAAUGACAGAAACUGUUUAUCGAGGAACAAUGAUGAAAAAUUCAGAAUUUGAUAAGAAAAUAAGAUUCAACGUUGGUGGUUUCUUCUCUGUGAGUAGUUUUCUAUCGACAACUUUCGAUCAAGACGUGGCCAAGGCGUUUUCUGAUGAACCGGGGGUUGUCUCUGAUGAACAAGGUAUUUUAUUUAUAAUUAGCAUUGACAAAACUAUAAACAAAUUUAUAUACGCAGAUAUAUCGGAAGUAAGUUAUUUCAAAGGCGGAGAGAAAGAAAUUUUAUUUACAAUGGGAGCAGUGUUUCGCAUUGCAUCGAUUGAAGAGACAGGUAAAAGUUAUUGGGAGGUUACACUGGAACUAACAGGGGAGCAAGAUGAAGAACUGAAAAUGCUUUCUGGACGUAUCAAAAAAGAGACAUUUAAUCCAAACCCUCUUCAUAACUGGGCUAAUUUGCUCUUGGAGAUGGGUCACUACACUAGUGCUGAACGCUAUUAUCACGUGUUAUUGGAAGAUGCUCUAGCUGCAAAAUAUCAUCCUUCGCUGUCUGGUAUCUACUACAAGCUAGGUUCGGUCUACUACAAUAUGGACCAGAAAACGAAAGCAGUCGAAUACUAUGAUAGAUCACUGGAUGGUGCUGUAAAAGAUUUGCCUAAUAGUCUGCCUGUAUUAGCUAUGACCUACAACAAUCUAGGAAUGCUAUACUGUAAACAGCAGGACUAUGAGAAAGCUGCAUCGUAUUACAAGCAGGCGCUGCAGAUAAUAGGUGGAAAUGACCCAUUGCAAACUGCUACGAUUUUCAGUAAUUUAGGAGCACUUUACCUCGAAUGUGGCGACUUUCCACUGGCAUUGGAAAUACAUGAAAAGUCUCUAAAAAUUCUUCUGGACAAUCUUCCGCAUAAUCAUCCGAAUAUUGGCAUGCUGUACAAUAAUUUAGGUUAUACAUAUCUACGACAAGGUGAUCUCGAUAUUGCUCUUGAACAUUUCAAGAAAAGUCUUGAUAUUAAAAUAAACUCUUUGGGAUCACAACAUCCCCUACUAGCUGCCAUUUAUCAAAAUUUGGUUGGUUUAUGUUUCAAACAAUUCAAGAUGAGCGAAGCGUGCGAGUAUAUAAGAAAGAAAUAUGAAAUUGAUUCAAAAUAUUUACCAGCUGAUCAUCCCGUAAUUAAACAAGACUUAAAAUUGAUUGGUAUCAUUGAAAGCUACCCACAAAUGAGUCAAAUAAAGAAAACUUUGCUGGAAAUAUUUUACAGAUUAGCAGAAUUGUGA